AUGCAGAAGCUGUGGUGUCUUAAAAUUGAUUGGAGUGAUAGAAUUCCUAUUGCUGAAAAUCGGGAAUGGCAUCAAUUUCUGAUUACACUAGAGAGCAUAAACAGUAUCGAUAUUGACAGACGUAUAGUGAUUGAUCAAGCAAAAACAGUUGAGAUCCAUGGUUUUGCAGACGCUUCUGAAUGUUGUUUCGGAGCAGCAGUUUAUUGCAAGUCCAUCGAUUCUUCUGGGAGAACAUUGGUAAAAUUAAUCUCGAGUAUAUCAAGAGUUGCUCCUCUUAAAAGCCUAACGAUUCCCAGGCUUGAGCUAUGUGCAGCUGUCUUAUUAUCAAAGUUGGUGAAAAAAGUCCUUAUUGCCUUGACAUUAGAAGUGACUCAAGUCUACUUAUGGAUAGUUCUCGUAUGGAUACAUAAGGAACCUAUGGACCUUAAGACGUUUGUUCAGUAUAGAGUGGCCGAAAUUCAAGAACUUUCUUCUGUUCAACAGUGGCAUCAUGCGGCAUCGGAUCAGAAUCUGGCGAAUCUCCUAUCACGGGGUGUAGAUUCUGAUAAGCUAAUGCAUCAUAAAUUGUGGUGGUGUGGUCCAGCGUUUCUGGUGGACAAAGACUAUCCAACUCGGACAGUAACUAUCUCGGAUAAAAGUGAGGAGUUCAGUGCUGAACUCAAAACCCCAUACCAUAAAGACUCUAAAGACACUUUACCAGUGUUGAAUGUGACUGUAAAUAAUUUUUUACAUAAUUUACUUAAAUUGAUUAAUAAUUAUCUAACUAUUUUACGUGUUGUUAGUUAUAUUUUCAGGUUCGUGAAUAAUUUGAGAAAGCCCUUAGACAGAUUGUCAGGACCAAUUAGUGUGCAGGAAAUAACCAAAGAAGAAUUGUUCCUGAUAAGAGUAACUCAAAGUGAAUGCUUUGGCGAAGAUAUCCGCCAUUUAAUAAGGCACGGAACUGUCUUACAUAAAAGUAAGUUAAAGAAUCUGAAUCCCUUCCUGGAUUCUGAUUUAGUUCUCAGAGUAGGAGGCCGUUUAGGUAAGACAAAUCUUACUUAUUUUGCUAAACAUCCGGCAAUAUUACCUAAAGUUCACAAAUUUACUUUAUUAGUUAUUGAACAUUGUCACAAAAGAUUUUUGCAUGUGGGUGCAACCCAUUAUUGA